AUCUGGAGCUGAGCAUCAGGACCAAGAGCAUCCUUUCUGCCGCUCUCCCCCGCAUCACCCAGCCAUAGCCAGGAUGAGGAAUCCGGGGGGAUCCUGUCUCUUCCUCCUGCCCCUGUUGUUGCCCCUCGCGUGGACUCAGGGAGACGGAAAAGAAGUGGAGAAUACAGGCAAUUUCAUGGAGGAUGAGCAAUGGCUGUCCUCCAUCAACCAGUACAGCGGCAAGAUCAAGCACUGGAACCGCUUCAGAGAUGAUGAUUAUAUCAAGAGUUGGGAGGAUAACCAGCCAGGAGAUGAAGCUCUUGACACCACAAAGGACCCCUGCCAAAAAGUGAAAUGUAGCAGACACAAGGUUUGUGUUGCCCAUGGUUACCAGAAAGCCAUGUGCGUCAGUCGCAAGAAGUUAGAGCACAGAAUCAAGCAACCUAAUGUGAAACUCCAUGGAAACAAAGAGACCCUUUGCAAGCCCUGUGUCGUGACCCAGCCUGCAUCUGUCUGUGGCUCUGAUGGCCACACAUACAGCUCUGUGUGCAAGCUAGAGCAACAGGCUUGUCUUAGCAGUAAACAGCUGACUGUAAGAUGCCAUGGCUCCUGUCCAUGCCCGACUGAACAGGCUACCACCACUACGGCAGACGGUGCCAAACAAGGUGAAACAUGCACUGGUCAAGACUUAGCUGAUCUGGGCGACCGUCUGCGAGACUGGUUCCAGCUCUUGCAUGAAAACGCCAAACAGAACAGCUCCUCCAAUACAGGCGCAAAAUCCAUAAAUGUGCUGGAUAAGACGCUAGUGGCCAGCUGCAAAGACUCCAUCGGAUGGAUGUUUUCCAAGCUUGAUUCCAACAAUGACCUUUUCCUGGACCAGGCGGAGCUGGCAGCUAUCAACCUGGACAAGUAUGAGAUAUGCAUCCGGCCCUUCUUCAAUUCAUGUGACACCUACAAGGAUGGACGAGUCUCCACUGCUGAAUGGUGCUUCUGCUUCUGGAGAGAGAAGCCACCAUGCCUUGCAGAACUUGAAAAAGUUCAAAUCCAAGAGGCUGCUAAGAAAAAACCAGGUGUGUUCAUUCCCAGCUGUGAUGAAGAUGGGUAUUAUAGGAAGAUGCAGUGUGAUCAGACAAGUAAGGAAUGCUGGUGCGUGGAUCAACAUGGCGUGGAACUGACAGGAACAAGAAUACACGGAAACCCAGAUUGUGAUGACAUGGUUGGAUUCUCUGGGGAUUUUGGGAGCGGUGUUGGAUGGGAAGAUGAGGAAGAAAAAGAGACAGAAGAUGCUGGGGAAGAAGCAGAAGAAGAAGAAGGAGAAACGGGCGAGGCAGAUGAUGGAGGCUAUAUCUGGUAGAAACAUACUAGUAAAGUCCUGCCUGGGUCUUGCAGCCAAUUUGGAAGACUGCAGUUAAUAGUAAUCAGACACCACAGUGAUCAGGAAAAACAGCUGAAUGUACAUUAUAUUUCAACAGAAAUUGUGUGUGUGAGCAUGCAAGUGUGCCUGUUGAUCGAUUGCUUUGAGAUUGCAGCUCAUGCCCCCUCCUCAUACUAAUCUAGAUGAACUGUUCUUCUGCAGAAAUGCAAACAUGUUUGUUAUUUUCCUUACAAAAA